GUCCUUAAUUGGAAUAUUGUCUUCGUAAUAAUGAAAUCUCAUCAUCCAUACAUAACUGAAAACUAAUAUAAAUGCAUUAACAACUAACAGUUUUAUUGAGACUAGCAUUCAUAGUGAAUAAUAUCUAUGAAUGGAAUGAAAAAUUUAGUAGUUACACACAAAAGUAUUCGGUUAUAUACUCCUAAUGUCACAUCAGGAUCGACUAGGACAGAAAUAAAGCAUUGGCUCGAACCCUUCUUUGGUGUCAAGCUAAUAGCUAUGAACAAUCAUCGAACACCUAAAAAGAGUAAAAGAAUGAGACUUGUAAUGCAUUACAAACGUAUGGCCAUUAAGCUUCAACCAUUGACGAAAUUGGACGUGAACAAGCUUAGCUACAACAAUGACUAUCGUGGUGGUGGUUAUGGAGUUGUCUCUGUUAAUCCAAAGCCUAACAAAGGCUUCUUUUCGAAGCUCCUCGACUUGUUUGAGAAUCUCAUGGUUAUGCUUAUGCAUGACUCUUCUUUGUCUCACCACCAUUUUCUCUCUGGUAAUUAUGCUCCAGUUCUCCAUGAAACUCCUCCCGUCAAAGACCUCCCUCUCAUUGGCUACCUUCCGGAGUGCUUAAAUGGAGAGUUUCUUCGAGUUGGUCCUAAUCCCAAGUUUGCUCCACUAGCUGGAUAUCACUGGUUUGAUGGAGAUGGUAUGAUUCAUGGUUUGCGCAUUAAGGAUGGAAAAGCAACAUAUGUCUCUCGUUAUGUUAGAACAUCACGUCUUCAACAAGAAGAAUACUUUGGAGCUCCCAAAUUCAUGAAGAUUGGAGACCUGAAAGGGCAUUUUGGAUUACUCGCGGUGAUCAUGCAAAUUCUGAGAGGAAAGCUCAAAGUAUUAGAUCUUUCAUAUGGAAAUGGAACAGCUAAUACAGCUCUUGUUUAUCACCAUGGAAAACUUCUGGCACUGUCAGAGGCUGACAAACCAUAUGUCAUUAAAGUUUUGGAAGAUGGAGAUCUUCAAACACUUGGCCAGUUGGAUUAUGAGAAGAGAUUGACACAUCCAUUCACAGCUCAUCCAAAGGUUGAUCCAUUUACAGGAGAGAUGUUUACAUAUGGUUCUGCGCAUACUCCUCCAUACAUCACUUACAGAGUUAUUUCCAAGGAUGGUUUCAUGCAUGAUCCAGUACCUAUUACAGUAUCAGAUCCCAUCAUGAUGCAUGACUUUGCCAUUACUGAGAAUUAUGCCAUUUUCAUGGAUCUUCCCUUGAUUUUCAGACUAAAGGAAAUGGUGAAGGAAAAUAAACUGAUGUUCUCGUUUGACACCACCAGAAAGGCUCGCUUUGGCGUGCUUCCACGGUAUGCGAAAGAUGAGCUUCUGAUCAAAUGGUUUGAGCUUCCAAAUUGCUUCAUAUUCCAUACUGCAAAUGCUUGGGAGGAAGAUGAUGAAGUUGUUAUGAUCAGUUGUCGUAUUGAGAACUCUGAUUUGGGAUUGUACAGUGGGCAAGUCAAAGAAAAGUUUGAUACAACCACUUCUCUGUAUGAGAUGAGGUUCAACAUGAAAACCGGUCUAGCUUCCCAAAAACAACUUUCAGCAUCACAUGUAGAUUUUCCUAAAGUGAAUAAGAGUUACAGUGGCAGGAAACAACGGUAUGUAUAUGGAGCCAGAUUGGACGACUUUGCAAAAGUCACAGGAAUUGUGAAGUUUGAUCUGCAUGCUGAACCAAUGAGAGAUAAAACAUGUCUUGAGGUUGGUGGAAAUGUUGAGGGCCUCUAUGAUCUUGGACCUGGUAUAUUUGGUUCUGAGGCUAUAUUUGUCCCCAAGGUUCAUGGAGUCAACUCUGAAGAAGAUGAUGGCUACCUAAUAUUCUUUGUUCAUGAUGAGAAUUCUGGAAAAUCAAAGGCGCAUGUGAUUGAUGCAAAAACAAUGUCAGAAGAUCCAAUUGCUGUAAUUGAUUUGCCUUGUAGAGUUCCAUAUGGAUUCCAUGCCUUCUUUCUCACCGAGGAACAAAUACAAGAACAAGCAGAGCUCUGAAGUGUCCACAUACUCCUAGUUUCUAGGCCAAAUAAUAUGUUUUAGAACUAAUCUUAGGUAAAGAGUCCCCUUUGAUAAUGACAAUAAUUUGUUAUAGAAUCAUAGUUUCCUUGUUCAAAAAGAAAAGGUAGAAGAAAGUUACCUUAAAAAAAUUCGACAAGAUUAAUGUGUGUUCUUAGGAGACCUUAUAUCCUUUUGAUUAGAUAAGAUAACAAAUUUCAAUAGAAAAUGACAAGAACAGGUCUGAAGUGGAGGAGGCUAAGCGCUUGCGUUUUUACACUUUCGCGAUUAAAUGAUCUGUUUUUGCACUAAUGUUAGGUAAAGAUUCAACUUUGUAAUGGCAAUAAUUUGUUCCUUGUUCCUUAAGUUACAAGCUAUCUCCUUCAAUGGUGCGUAUGCUCUCCUUGUGCAAUUGGCUACACAGUUAUGAAAUGUCAGAACUUCAAAUCCUUAGUGGAUUAUAUUUUCAUUGAUAGAA